AUGCUGCUCUUCUGCCCGGCCUGCGGGAACGUGCUGGUGGCCGAGGAGGGGGCGCGGUGCCACCGCUUCGCCUGCACCACGUGUCCUUACGUACGAAACGUCACACGCAAGGUAACCAGCAGGCGCUACCCAAAGCUGAAGGAGGUGGACGAUGUGCUUGGGGGGGCAGCUGCUUGGGAGAAUGUGGACUCCACUGCAGAGCCAUGCCCCAAGUGCGAGCACCCACGCGCCUACUUCAUGCAGUUGCAGACACGCUCAGCCGAUGAACCCAUGACCACCUUCUACAAGUGCUGCAGUGCCCAGUGUGGACACCGCUGGCGGGACUGAGCCACACAUAUCUUUGCCCAAAGAUGACAAACUGCUUCCCCAAAAGUCACUUUAUUGAGGUUUUUCUGCCCACUACACCCACUUGUUCCAGUUCAGU